AUGGUGGAUAAAAAUGUAGAUUCUAGUUAUGAUCAAUCUUUACUUGCUUGGGUAGCAACUGAUCAACGUUUAAAUAAUGAAAAAUUAUCAAUGGAAAGCAUUCAACAAAGAAAUGAUUUACAAUUGAUAGGUGCACAAAUUUUUUUCCGACAUGGAGCUCGAACUCCACUCCAUUUAUUACCUAGUCUUCAAGAGGUUAUUUAUAGCAAAGAACAAAUAGAAAAUUAUCUCCCAUCAAAAUGGGAUAUAAAGUUAAUUACAAAAAAAGGCAAUGAUAUUGUAUCAAGAGAUAAAGUAUUAUCAGCAAGUGAUGUUGCUGGUAAUCAAAGUCAAAAAUUAAAAUCAGUAUCUGGUGAAAAUGUGAUAACAGGUCAAUUGACAGCUAUUGGCGAAGAACAAUUAUUUCAACUUGGAAGACUUAUAAGAUCUGAAUUAAUUGAUGAUAGUAAUAAUGAUCAGAGACUUUUACCAGCAACAUAUGAUUCAAAAUACGUCUAUUGUCGAUCAACAUAUAUGGAUCGAACAAUAGCCAGUGCUCGAUCAUUUCUUGCUGGUCUUUUCACUUCCGUUAAAAUAAAUAAUAAAAUACAAGCGAAUGGUCCAUUUGAAAUUGAAGUUCAACAUUUUCCUGAUGAAGACAUGUUUCCUAAUCCAAAUGUUUAUCCAAUUCUUAAUAAUUGCCAUAGUAUUAAAUCUCUUUAUACGUCAUUAAAUGAUGACCAUGAAUUGAAAAGAGCUCGACGAGCUUUAAUAAAUCAUAUUGGUCUUACUGAAUAUCCACAUGGUAUUAUUGAAUUGUAUGAUGAUAUUGUUUCGAGACAAGCUCAUAAUUUCACUGUUCCAAAAGAUAUUCUCGAAUUGACAAAAGAUUUUGACAUCAUGUCUGCACGUGAAUAUGUUUAUAGAGCUACAAACAUUGGCUAUGACUUAUUUAUACGUUCCAGUUUUGGACGAAUUCUUUAUCUCAUACAAAAAAAUUUUGAUUCUAUACUAAAAAAUUAUCUUGAAGAAAAAAAUAAUAAUUUAGAAAAACCUUAUCAAAAAUUUUUUAUUUAUUCUGGUCAUGAUAGCACAUUAAUUCCAUUAGCAAUGGCACUUGAAAUUUUUGAUAUGCAAUGGCCUAAAUAUGCUUCAUAUAUUUUAAUCAAAUAUUUUAUUUCAAAAAUUAAUCCAAAUGAAACAUAUCUAACGGUUAUUUUUGAUAGUGAACCACAAAUAUUACCAGAUUGCCGAGACCAUUAUUGUUCCUACUCAACAUUCUUAAAAAAUCUUCAAAGUCGUUUUGAUAAACCUAGAAUCUCGUCUCAAAUAUAA